AUGGCGUCCCUGUUUAACACUUUCUCUCUACUCUUUCUUAUCCUCGUCACUUUCACUGGACUCGCCAAGCCGGAGUCGUUCAUCGGAAUAAAUUACGGCCAAGUAGCCGACAACCUCCCGUCGCCGGAGGCGACUGCAAAGUUGUUGCAAUCAACGGCAAUUGAGAAGGUCCGAUUGUACGGAGCCGACCCGGCAAUGAUCAAGGCAUUAGCAAACACCGGAAUCGAAAUCAUGAUCGGAGUAUCCAGCGGAGACAUACCCGGAAUGGCGUCCGAGCCGAAUUUCGCUAAAAACUGGAUUAACAGUAACGUAAUUCCGUUCUAUCCCGCAAGCAAAAUUAACGUAAUCAACGUUGGGAAUGAGGUGAUGAUGUCCGGUGACCCGAAUUUGAUGUCCCAGUUGUUACCGGCGAUGCAGAAUCUGCAAAAUGCCCUUGAUUCGGCCAAUUUGGGCGGCAAAAUUAAGGUUUCAACGGUCCACUCCAUGGCUUUAUUGAGACAGUCAGAACCUCCAUCCUCCGGGAGCUUUGAUACUAGCAAUCUGGAUUUGUUGAAGGGGUUGUUAGGGUUUAAUAAAGCAACUGGUUCACCUUUCUCCAUCAAUCCUUAUCCAUAUUUCGCAUAUCAGAGUGAUCCGAGACCAGAAACUCUGGCCUUCUGUUUGUUCCAGCCCAACUCAGGUCGUGUCGAUUCAGGCACCAAGAUCAAGUAUACUAACAUGUUUGAUGCUCAGUUGGAUGCUGUUAGAUCUGCAUUGAACUCUAUCGGGUUUGGGGGUGUUGAAAUUGUAGUUGCCGAGACUGGUUGGCCAUACAAGGGGGAUAGCAACGAGGUUGGCCCGAGUAUUGAGAAUGCCAAGGCUUACACUGGCAAUUUGGUUGCACACUUGAGAUCCAUGGUCGGAACUCCAUUGAUGCCCGGGAAAUCAGUGGAUACAUACCUUUUUGCACUAUAUGAUGAAGACUUGAAGCCUGGACCAAGUUCUGAGAGGUCAUUUGGGCUUUUUAAACCUGAUUUAACAAUGACUUAUGAUGCUGGACUGUCAAAGACUAGCCAGACUCCUUCGAAACCAAAAACAUCAGCGAGCCCGACACCAAAAGCAGAGAAGGGAACCUGGUGUGUGCCAAAAGCUGGUGUAUCAGAUGCCCAGUUACAAGCCAAUUUAGAUUACGUGUGUGGAAAAGGCAGUGAUUGCAGUGCAAUUCAGCCUGGAGGAGCUUGUUUUGAACCAAACACGGUGGUUUCGCAUGCUACUUAUGCUAUGAAUCUCCUAUAUCAAACAGAAGGCAGAAAUCCAUGGAAUUGUGAUUUCUCACAUACUGCCACUCUCACGUCGACCAAUCCUAGUUACAAUAAGUGCAAGUACCCGAGUGGAAGCACCUAA